AUGACCAUUCUACUUGGGUGUGGAUUUUACUUUGUUGGAUAUAUUCUCCACACGGUAGCGCUUAAUGUUAAUUUCAAUACGAAAUUAAAACCGAAUUGCUCUGAUGGAUCUUGUAUGCGAAACAGAAAAGUGAAAAAUGAUACUUCAAAUAUUCUUAUCCUCACAAGCGGAAGGGCAGGAUCUUCAUUCCUCGGCGAGAUUUUCAAACGAAACCACAAAAAAACACGGUACGUUUUUGAACCGCUGCGAAAGAUCCUCCAAAAUGUUUUUAUUGCUGAUCAUUUGAAGUUUAAGGCAAUAAAUAUAAUUUCUGAGUCGUUCACGUAUCGAAAUACAAGGAUCAGUGAUCAGACUGAUCAAAAUGUCGUAGUGAAAGAGUUGAGUAUGCGAUUUCCUCAAAACGGAUCAUCUUCUGUCCUAGAAAAUCUUAUGCGAAAUUCAAAAUCCUGGAAUAUGCGCAUCAUUCAUUUAGUUCGUGAUCCGCGCCAUGUUAUUCCAUCGAUGCAACGACUUCGCUGGUUUGCUGGAAAUGCCACGUCGCUGGAACAGCAAAUACGUUCAGUUUGUGAGACAAUAUGGAGUAACAUAAAAUACGGCCGAAAAAGAAACUACGCUCUGAUAAAGGAUCACUACAAACUUGUAGUGUUUAGAAAUAUGAUGAUCCAUCCUUAUAAAACGGCUGAAGCCCUUUACGAGUUUGCAG